GCAUGUAUGUCUGUGAAGCAUGUGCUUACAAGGACUGUAGAAUCCAGAAGAAGGCAUCAAACGUUAUGGAACUAGAAUUAUAGACAGUUGUGAGUCCCGUAGCUGGGGGAUUUAUGUGAGAUAUUUACAUUAUAAUUCAUAACAGUAGCAACAUUACAGUUACAGCCAGGUGUAGUGGCAUAUGCUUUUAAAUUCCAGCACUUGGGAAGCAGAGGCAAGAAGAUCCCUGAGUUUGAGGCCAGCCUGGUCUACAUAGUGAAUUCUAGGACAGCCAGGACUACACAGAGAAACCCUGUCUCAAAAAACAAAACAAAAGAAAAAUUACAGAUAUGAAGUAGCAGCAAAAUAAUUUUAUGGUUGGGGGUCAGCACAACAUGAGGAACUGUAUGUAUUAAAGGGUUGCAGCUUUAGGAAGGCUGAGGACCACCCCUCUAGAACGCUGCUCCUGUUUACCUUCUGGGCCCAGAACUAGGCUUGCAUACACACACCCUUGCCUGGGAUAAAGCAUAGAGCCUCAGUUCUGAUUACAGUGUCAUUCCCCUAAACAAUGUGUCUCAUAGGAACCAGCACUGGUCAUUCCCUGAAAAAAGUUCAGUGCUCCUUGUGGCACCAAAAAUAAAACGCAGAGUUCCCCCUAAGGCUGCCGAAGCUUGGUUUGGAUGACUUCUCCCCUUAAUCCACAGACUCCUGCCCCACCCGUCACAAACGUCUGAUGCAUAUCGAUGUCUGCCUCAUCUUUUUGUUGUCGUUGUUUUUCGAGACAGAGUUUCUUUGUGUAACUGUCCUGGCUUACCUGGAGCUCACUUUGUAGACCGGGCUGGCCUGGAACUCACAGAGAUCCGCUUGCCUCUAACUCCGAAGUGCUGGAAUUGAGGGCAUGUGCCACCACCACCCAGCUCAGCCACAUCUUUGAGUCCUAUCUAUCCCUCAAUUGAACUUCUUGCUCUCGUUCUCCUAUAUUUUCCUGUCUAUUGAUAGAUCCAGUCGGCCUCGAUAGACUCUACCUUUGAUUAUGGAGUGGCCUCAGGGAAAAGGCUCUGAAUAUUCUGGCCAUAGGCUAGUUUUCCUUUUCCAUUCCUUCAUGCGAUUGAUGAUACUGGGGAGUGGGAAUGUAGACCAUAGCCCCGCGAUCCCCACUAGAGGGCGGUCCAGCCUACUUCGGCUCAGACCGGGCUAGAGGGAUGCCGGAGGGAAUUUAGCAGUGGCCCUUCCCUUAAGGUUCUUCGUAGAGCAGAGUAGUCACCGUACUACUCUGUGAAUCUCAGUACUACCAUUUCCAGGGAUUGUCAAGGCCAGCUUUGACAGACCCUGAGUGGCCACAAUAUCGUCAGAUCAGACGACCGGGCGCAGUGCCCACACGUGGGCGUCGCAUCGCGGCCCCAGUAUUAGAGACCGCUACUUCACCAGGGGACAAAUUGAAAAGCUGAGACCACUAGACGAACGCGUGGGGGGCGGGAGGAGGUCGUGUCUGUCCUGCGUCUCUCUAAACCAGGGGGUCCUGAGCUGCUUUUGGCCGUGCGGGGUUGGAAGGCGGAGCUGAAAGGGGUAGGACAUCUUCAGUCCGCCCCGCCUCCAUUGGCUAGGGCGCUGGGGGCGGGGCAGGGCGCAGCUGCCAGAUGUUGGGGCGGUAGCGGCGGGAGCUACGGAGAGCGAGGAGCCUGGGAGUAAGGCAAGGGUGACGACGCCGCUGGCGGGCCGACCCGGCCCACUCUGCGCUGCUCCCGCGGGUGAUCGAGAAGGAGCCGAAUGACCUGGAGAGGGCUACAGCACCAGCACCAACAUGCACAGCGCUCGCCUUGACAGCUUCCUGAGCCAGCUCCGCUGGGAACUGUUGUGUGGUCGGGACACAGGCUCACCUCCAAUGCCUGGCCCACUGCAACCAAAACCCCAAACCGAUCCAAGUGUACAGCCCAACCGCCAGUUAAGGGCCUCAGAUGCUCUGGAAGAGGACUCUGUCUGCUGUGUGGAAGAGGAAGAGGAAGAGGAAGCCUUGGCAGCGGAAGACAGGGGUGUACCCUUGGUAUGUCCUCGGGAACAUGCCCUAGACUGGGACUCUGGCUUCUCAGAGGUGUCAGGCAGUACAUGGAGAGAGGAAGAGCUGUCGGUACCCCGGCGUCAAGCACCCUCAGAGCGGCCACCUCAUAGCCAGCGUUUCUCAGUCAGUGACCUCCCCUUGCGCAGUAGGGCAGCUGUAACUGGUAUAUCACCUGCCCACCGUCCUCGGCCCAAGUCCACACCAGAUGCUUGCCUGGAACAUUGGCAGGGAUUGGAAGCAGAGGACUGGACGGCAGCCCUGCUGAACAGGGGCCGUAGUCGGCAGCCCCUGGUGCUGGGGGAUAACUGUUUUGCUGAUUUAGUUCACAAUUGGAUGGAGCUGCCUGAGGCAGCCAGUGAGGGGAGUGAUGGAGGUGUACCCCGAGCCCGUGCUCGACCCCCUCAGUUCCUGCUUGGCCUCUCUGAGCAGCUACGGCGCCGGCUGGCCAGGGCUCGCCGGGCAGCUAUGGCAGGAAAGCGGCUAUCGUGCCCACCUCGGCCAGAACCUGACCUGCCUGCGGACAUCUCACGAUUUGCAGCCCUCAUGAACUGUCGCAGCCGCCAACCCAUCAUCUACAAUGAUGUCAGCUACCUCUGACCUGCCCUCCGCCAGGGACAAUAAAGGCCUUUUUCUAGACUGUUGGUUCCUAAACCAAUACGAGUGACAAAUCUUGACGGUGUACUUGAGCAUUAUCCCACAGCAAGGAAGCAUCCCCAGCCCUGUGGGGCACAGCCAAGACAGGCCAAUCUAGACUCUUUCCUCUGCCUUCCGGGGUCCUUGUCUUGCCUCUGUCAUACGCAUGUCCCUUACAUCCAUGUUCCAUCGCCCAUCUUCCCUACUUCCUUCAACAAGUUUUUAUUGUUGAGCUGUC